AUGAAGUCUAUGCUCAAUGCUGCGAUUCUUGCCUCUUCGUUGACCCCCGCUUUAGCUAUCGGCCAGUGGGGACAGUGCGGGGCAAGGGAUAUGCCGGGAGCACAGCGUGCGAUUCUGGGCUCGCAUGCGUUUACCAAAAUGAUUUGUCUAGUGGUUACUUCCACAACCACUAACGCUACGCCAUCUACAACCAUGGGCCCGACCUCUACGACAUCUAAAACUACUUCGACUACCAUCACAUCUACUACUUCUGUCGCCGCUCCAGUCAGCACAGGAUUUGUUAAGACCUCCGGUACAAAGUUCACUCUGAAUGGGUCGACAUUUACAGUCGUGGGUUCAAACGCGUAUUGGAUGGCUCAGCUCUCUACGUCGACUGACAUUACACAAGCAUUCACUGACCUGAAGAAUGCGGGAUUUACUACAUUGCGCACCUGGGGGUUCAACGACGUUACGAGUCCAAGCGGUACAUACUACCAGUUGUGGUCUGGUUCCACUGCGACCGUGAACACUGGCGCAGAUGGCCUAGCCAAGUUUGAUACUGUCGUCGCAGCGGCAAAAGCAGCUGGCAUUCGGCUUAUCAUUGCGCUUACGAAUAAUUGGUCUGAUUAUGGAGGAAUGGAUGCCAAGGUUAAAGCCGCAUUCAAGAGCUACAUCAAUGCAUGGGUCAGCCGCUACAAAGACGAACCCACGUCCUUGGCUGGCAAGCACUGGGAGCUUGCUAACGAGCCCCGCUGCAAGGGGAGUACAGGCACCUGGAGUGGAACUUGCACUACUGCAACAAUCACAAAUUGGGCUUCGGAAAUAUCCGCAUACAUCAAAUCACUCGAUCCAAAUCACUUGGUCGGACUCGGAGACGAAGGAUUCUAUAACCAGGCCAACGGGCCGAACUACCCGUACCAAGGGGGAGAAGGCAUCGACUUUGACGCCAACCUGAGUAAGCAUUCCAUUCCGAACAGUUCAACUCCAGGGCUUCUUGAUGAUCCGAACCGUGGGCAGAAAUCUCAACGCUCGAUUUCGGGACGUUCCAUUCGUAUCCCGUGA